AUAGAAGGCUAAAAACUAACCUAUACUAAAAACGAAAACUAACUCAGAUCUAAAGCAAUCUGCCAAUUUCAUUUGCAACAAUUAUUGUUUUGGUGAUUCCUUGGUUGUUUAUUUUUGUUUGGUUGAAUGUCUAAAAAAUUUAGAAUUGUUUCAAUAUAGAAUUUUUCAUCUUGAAGUUUAGUAUCAGUAUUUUGCGCAUUAUCGUACAUUAAAUUGUUGGUGCUGUUCAAAAAUUCAUGUCACCAAAAAUAUCAUCGCAAUUUUACAACGAAAAAUUAUUAUGAAUCAAUGGUUGUUGCUAUCUGAUCGUGAGAAAAUUUUCAGUCGACGUCCUCUUACAGAUUGUGUGAAUACUGUUGGAAUUGAUAGUGAAAAUAAUAUGAUGAAUUGUGAGGAACAGAACAAAGAAGAAAAGUAUCCCGAACUGCCUUCUUGUCCAAUGGUCCAGGAAUGGACAUACACUAUGCGCCGUUCCAUGCAAGAAAUAGUUCCGAAUCUUUUCCUUGGACCAUACUCAUCGGCAGUCAAAUCCAAACUAGAUGCACUUGAAUCCUCAGGAAUAACACACAUUAUUUGCAUCAGACAUCGGCUGGAAGCUCAUUACAUAAGGCCUAAUUUCCCAGAUAAAUUCAGGUACCUAGUAUUGGACAUAGCUGACUCGCCGAUGGAAAACAUAAUUUCACAUUUCGGCAGAGUCAAAACGUUCAUAGAUGACUGUCUUCAUAAUUUCGGCAAAUGCCUCGUACAUGGAAAUGCUGGAAUAUCUCGAAGCGCAGCGUUUGUUCUUGGCUAUCUUAUGCAAAAAUACGGAUUGACAUUGAAGAGAGCGUUUCAGGUUGUUCAGUCGAGAAGAUUCUGCAUCAAUCCCAACGAAGGGUUCCUAGCCCAACUGAUUGAGUUCGAACCGAUCUACAGGGCACAGAGGAUAUUUCAAAAUAAUGGUCAGCAUUCGGAAAUAUUCAGGAACAAAAGACCGUUGGACUGUUGACACAAUCAAUCGUUCAUCACAAUCAAAAGACUUGUCGUGUGCAUUAAGCUAAUUAUUGAAAAACUAAAUUUUGUGAGUAUGGCUGACCCAUUAAUGAAAAACUAAAAUUUGUGAAGUGAAUUUUAGUGUUUUUCUAGACAAUCAGCUGUAUAAAUUAUUAUGUUUGAAUUUUUGUUACCAUUUUUUCUCUUUUUCAUUUGUAAGGAUAUUUUUUAUUUCACGUCUUAUUUGUAAAUAUUUUAAUACAUUAUCUACUUAAGGAUCAAAUUGAGAUCUUGAGAACUGUGGUAUGCUAGUUGUAGUUUUCUUGAAACAAAGUUAAAUUCUUCUUUCAUGCCAUAUUCUCAUUGGCUGCUUUCGAAAUGAGAGCUAGCACAGCCCAAUACAGAAAUGUAAUUUUGGAAAAUACAGAAAUGUAAUUUUGGAAAAGUGUCUCAUUGUAAAGAAAGACACUUUAAAAUAAUAUACUACCAACAUUUACUCAACUUGAAUGUUAUAUAGUAAGCUUGAUUUUGAAUUUUUGCUUGAAGAAAGUAUUCAUAAAAAAUAAUUUUUCAACAAAAUCCAAAAGUAAGGGAAACGUGAACACAAUAUUCAAAACAAAUUGUACAAAUCUAAAAAUUAUCGCGUUCCAACUUUAUAAUUUUACUACUUGUUAUAAUAUUUUCUCAUGGCAUCAUUUAAAAUUUUGCAUAUUAUUAUUUGUUGUUCUUACCAAUCUUGUAAAAUAAAUGCGAACAAAUAAUUUUAAGGUAUAAUCAUU